AUGGCAGAGGAUCAUCAGCAGAAGCCGCAGCCACAUCAGCUUCAUCCACCGCCAAUUCCAACUUCUCAAGCUUCGCUCAGCUCUGUCCGGCUACAGCAUUUCAAUUAUCUCACUCCGGCUGGUCAACAUCCGCCUGUACCACCUACGACUCAGCAGCAGCAUUAUCCAUCUGUUCCAGGUCCUGAGAGAAGACAUUAUUCGUUUGAUACGGACACUGAGACUCAGCGGUUUCCACUGCCACCAGUGGAUUAUGAUCAGACCGAGGGGCUGGGUGGGAUCUCGGUCAGCUCGUACGAUAGCAUUGAUGAUGACCGUAUAGAUCCGGCGAUGCGUGGAUAUCCUUAUCACGGAGGUGACAAACACAUCAACUACCACGCCCCAGAACAUGACGUCCCAUACAUGGCCAGCUCCCUCUACCCCGGAAAUCAUUCCUACUCCGUCGAAGAAGGUAGCUACCCAUCUCGCUCUGGCGCAAGCGGGCCCUCCGGCCCUGGCGGCGGAGACCGCACCCCAUCCGACAUAUCCAGCUCCAUCAGUCCACCCAACGGUCAAAUCGGCAACAAUAAAUACAGCACAAUUCCACCCGGCGAGCGCCUGGCGCGCGCUCUCAGCAUCGAAGAACAGAACCGCCUAGCCGUCGAAGAAGACAAACGACGCCGCAACACAGCCGCCAGCGCACGCUUUCGCGUGAAAAAGAAACAGCGCGAACAAGCCCUAGAGCGUGCCGUGCACGAAGCGACAGAAGUCAAAGCGGCACUUGAGACGCGCGUCACGCAGCUGGAGAUGGAGAAUCGGUGGCUGAAGAAUCUGCUGACCGAGAAGAAUGAGAAUCUGCUAUCGAGACUGGCGGCGUUGCAGCCUUCGGAUCUGGAGAAGUUGGAGCUUCAGCAGCAACAAGAAAGCAGUGGAGUGUCGUCGACUUCGUCGUCCACGACCGUGACGCAACAGUCUGCUUCGAAAAAGUCCGAGGCGAAUACGGCGUCGUCCGGGAGAAAGCCGAUUAAACCGAAACCGACGCCGACUGUUGGCGUGGGAACUGAUCAUGAUGAUCAAUGA